AUAUUCAGGUUCUGUCGGUCAAAGUGUCACAAAGCCUUUCAAAAGAAGCGCAAUCCCCGUAAAGCACGGUGGACAAAAGCAUUCAGAAAAGCUGCUGGAAAAGAACUUACUGUUGACAGUUCUUUGGAAUUUGAGAAAAGAAGAAAUGUUCCAGUCAAGUAUAACAAGGAGUUAUGGCAGAACACAGUGAAAGCAAUGAAGAGAAUUGAAGAAAUCAAAGCCAGGCGACAGAAUCACUUUAUUGCCAACAGAUUAAAGAAGGGCAAGGAGCUGAGAAAGGAGGCAGACAGGAAAGAAGUGGAGAAGAACAUUCACCUCAUCAAAUCUCCUGCAGCUGGACUCAAACAGAAGAAACAGAUGGUGGAAGUGGUCAUGGAACGGGAUGUGGAGGAAAUGGAGGAGAACUAAGCAGCGGAUUCGGUCAUUUCAUCAUUCAUCAUCACCUACUUUCUCUUCAUUACCCCCGAAACGGGAUUCGACUGGUUCUGCUCAUGACAUUAUUGAAGUGCUUGGAGCAGUGUUGUUUGACGAAGCAAAUAAAUGCUUGGAACUACA